GACAUCCCGAGUAUAUAUCAUCCUCUCUUUAAACGCUCCCAUACCUCUCCAUUGCCUUGCUAGUACCUCGCAGCAGGUCAAUUGAGCGCUAAACCCUCCUGGCCAAACCUGUCCUUGUCAUCGUCGUCGGUCAGAAGCUCAAUAGUCCCAUGGCUUGAGGUACUGCGCCUAUCGCAUCUGUCUUUCGUGUUGCGUUGAUCAAUAUGAUUCUUAGCCAAAUUUCUCAUUUGGAUUGCAUCGCUUUCCUGGUCUUCCUCGCACCGCAACUAUUGAUACAGAUUGGCCUACUACCAAUACUUACAUGGCUUGUUCCAGCGAUACCACAUCUAGCCUUGGUCAUACCCUACCAAUUCAUCCGAGAAAGAUUCUUCGUGCCACAUGAGCACCGCACGCCAUUCGUCAAGAAAGCAACACCAUUCCAGGACGUCGUCAUUCGCUUUGUACGCUAUGCCUUUGCCAAUAUGCCUGCCUUCCUUGGGCGUGUUUUCUUCUCAAAAGCUGUCUCAUUGCCGUUCCUACGAUUCCGGAUGCUACGGCACGGAAUCGUCACGAGUCCUAUACGGUGGACCGAGAUCAAGAGACCUAACUUCCGAGGUGUCUGGAUUGUUUACAACCAGCAAGAACAACCAGACAUCAUCGUAUAUUACUGCCAUGGUGGGGGCUUCUCCAUGGGCGGCAGUUUCUUCUACAUGGAAUUUCUACUUGCUUGGGUUUCACUUUUACAUGACGCUGGAUACCGCAACCCAGCCCUCUUCUCGCUGGAAUACACCUUAGUUCCAGACGCAACAUACCCAACUCAACUUCAAGAAACACUUGCAGGCUACGAGUAUGUCCUCUCCUUGGCUCAGUCAUCUACCCGCAUUGUUGUAGGCGGCGACUCCGCUGGCGCGACCCUGAUCUUGAGCUUCCUACUGUACAUGACGGGUCAUACCGAACUUCGACACCAGAGACCGGGAUUAGCCAUCAUGAUCAGCCCGUGGGUAACGAUUGUGUCCCGAAACAACCGCGAUACCGCCUCCGACUACCUAAAUAGAUCCUCCCUUGAACUCUACGGCCGCCAAUAUAUCGGCUCCAAAGUCGCAGCCAACGACCCCCUCGUCUCCCCGGGCUAUUGCAAAGACGUUAAGAAGUGGGCCGACGCCAGUCCGGUAAAGGGCUGGUACUUUUUGUAUGGCAGUGACGAGGUACUGGCAUCAGAGACGAUGGAAUUAGUAGGGCUGCUAAAGAGCACAGGCAAGGAGGUGGACACUUGGGUGGAUCAAGGCGGGAUUCAUGCAUGGCCUGUUGCGAGCUUGUAUCUGGGGGCGACGAGAGAGGAGAGAUUGGCGGGCUUAAAUAGUAUUGUUGGAGCUAUUAAGGAGAAGAUACCUUGAUAAGAUGCCGUAUUCAUUAUCUCCCAAAACACCGUGAAGGUAGUUCGAAGCCAAGUUCUCUCGCCGCUCUUUCGAGUCGUGCG